AUGGUUCAAAUCCUCAACGAUCAACAUCCGUCCAACGCACACCCCCUCGAUCCUCUCUCUCCCGUUGAGAUUCGCGAGGCCGUCGGCGCGGUUCGAGCCUUCCUUGUUAGCGAUCAUUACGCUGGAAAACCUGUCGAGCGUCCUUUAUUCAAUAGCGUCAGCUUGAGAGAACCUUCCAAGUACUCUGUUCUGAGAUGGUCCGGACUGUUCUCCGCCAAGGAGCUGAAUAUCGCAGGCGCUUCCUCUGCGGAAGAACCGGUUAAACGUCAAGCUGAUGUAAGUGGAAGAUGA